CCAUCAUAAGCCUCCCGCCAGGUCCCCCAGUGAUGGGUGAGUCUCAAACACAUCCCUCCCCUUCACUCUCCCAUUGUCGCUGCUAAGGGUCCACCAAUCGCAAGGCGGGGCUGCUUGGCUGUUGCGUGACGUUGGUGAAAGCGACCAAUAGACGCAAAGCUCUGGUCCGAGGCUGCCGGCAGAGGGAGGGGUGCGAAGCUUGAGGGCCUGGGCUUGUGUCAGUUGUGAGAAGAGGGAUACGGAGCUGAGUGGCUCGGGGCUGAGGACUAGUUCAUCAUGAUAUCCAUACCAGAAUUCUAUCGGGGGAAGAAUGUCCUCAUCACUGGAGCCACUGGCUUCAUGGGAAAAGUUCUGUUGGAGAAGCUUUUGAGAUCGUGCCCCAACACCAAGGCCGUGUAUGUCCUGGUCAGGCCCAAAGCUGGCCAGAAGCCAAAAGAAAGAGUCGCAGAAAUGAUGAGCUGUAAGUUGUUUGAUAGGUUAAGAGACGAGCAACCCGACUGUGCACAGAAAGUUAUCGCCAUCAGCAGCGAGCUUACCCAGCCGGAAUUGGAUAUGAGCAAGGAAGACCAAGACACGUUAAUAGACUGCAUUGAUAUUGUUUUCCACUGUGCUGCCACUGUCCGCUUCAAUGAGUCACUUAGAGAUGCCAUGCAGCUGAAUGUCAUUGCAACACGACAGCUCAUUUACCUUGCCCAGAAGAUGAAGAAACUGGAAGUUUUCAUACAUGUGUCGACAGCCUACGCAAACUGCAACCGGAAGCAGAUUGAGGAAAUGGUCUACCCACCCCCUGUGGAUCCAAAGAAACUCAUUGAGUCUUUAGCGUGGAUGGACGACAGCCUGGUAAACAACAUCACUCCAAAGCUUAUAGGCGACCGGCCGAACACAUACACAUAUACAAAAGCCUUGGCGGAAUAUGUGGUUCAGCAGGAAGGCAGCAAGCUUAACAUCGCUAUCGUCCGGCCAUCCAUUGUUGGUGCCAGCUGGAAAGAGCCGUUUCCCGGCUGGAUCGAUAAUUUCAAUGGCCCCAGUGGUCUCUUCAUUGCAGCAGGAAAAGGAAUUCUCCGUACCAUGAGGGCUUCCAACAAUGCAGUGGCUGAUCUUAUCCCCGUAGACGUAGUCGUCAACACAACAUUAGCUGCUGCCUGGUAUUCUGGAGUUAAUAGGUACAGCAGACCUAGGAAUAUCCUGGUGUACAACUGUACCACAGGUGGAACAAACCCUUUCCACUGGGGGGAAGUUGAAUAUUAUGUAAAUGUAUCCUUCAAGAUGAAUCCUUUAGAACAGGCCCUAAGACGCCCCAAUGUUAACGUCCGAAACAACCCCCUAUUGCAUCAGUACUGGACAACUGUCAGUCAUAUAGUUCCAGCAGUGAUGUAUGAUGCUAUUCUCAGGUUAACGGGUCAGAAGCCGUGGAUGAUGAAGACCAUAACUCGUCUUCAUAGGGCCAUGAUGCUACUGGAAUAUUUCACAAGUAACUCCUGGGUGUGGAACAAUGAAAAUACCAACAUGCUUAUGAGCCAGCUGAGUCCAGAAGACAAAAAGGUGUUCAACUUUGAUGUCAGACAGCUGCACUGGGCAGAAUACAUGGAAAACUACUGCAUGGGAACCAAAAAAUACGUUUUGAAUGAAGAAAUGUCUGGCCUCCCUGCAGCAAGGAAGCACUUAAAUAAGUUACGGAACAUCCGCUACGGGUUCAACACCAUCCUGGUAGUGCUCAUCUGGCGCGUGUUCAUUGCCAGGUCACAGAUGGCGAGAAACAUCUGGUAUUUUGUCGUUAGUAUGUGUUUCAAGUUUCUGUCCUACUUCCGAGCAUCCAGCACCAUGAGGUACUGAGGUCUGGACUCUACAUAUCUGGGGCAUCUAUGCACACGACGACAACCUGCACAAAAUCUGUCCAACGUUCCGUGCCGUUAACAAGUUGUGUGUGUACAGCCAUACUAUCACCCUGAGUCCAGAGAAGCACCUUUUCUCUCUUCACUUUAUGACAUUUCAAGUGUACCUUAAACAUGAACCACACCAGGCACAUUGAACCAGCAUUACCUACUGUAGGUGUAGGGUGGUUUUAAUUCAGUGCAUUUGCAGAAGAAUAACACUCACUUGGCCCUUUUUCUCUAUAGAGAUGUAUUGAGAUCUCAUGUUGCUCUCUGUAAUGAUUGGCACAGGGUGCAACGUUGGUCAUUUAUAAUGCUGUGCCAGUCUGAACGGUUGAGUCAUAAUUUCUAAGUUCUCUGAUAAGCCUUACGCCUGUCGUGUAAAUACGGCAUCUUUUCACCUUACUCUUUGGUUUACUUAGUCCUUGUUACUUGUCCUCUAUUACUACAUUUCCUAUUCUUUCACAUAUAUUUUCCUUGUUCCAUACCAUCCUUUCUUUCCUCACUUCCACCCUCCUCCUUUCCAGCUUCUUUAUAGUCAUUGCCUAGUGCUGUUUUUAACUCCUUCAUGAACACAAAUCCUAUAAAUAUAUGCACUGCAUAAUAGCACCUUGAGCUGUCUCUCAUAAUCUUUCUUUCUUUUUUUUUUGUUUUGCACUGCAGUGAUUGACUAAACACGCUUUUUUUUUUUGUCCUAAACAUAAAUGUGGCUUUUAGCACACCAACCACUUUGCAUACGUCACUGUCUGUACUUGGUUUCUUUAUUUUUAUUUCUUGUAUGAACACAAGUUAAGCCUCUAAGGCUACUGCCUUGCAGAUGGGACUCGUUCCGAUCUUCCCAUUACCAGUGCUGGAUCUGAAGCCAGUUAUUUAAUUUACUUUAUAGAGAAUAUAUUUUAUUUGGUAAGAUUUCCAAAUAAAAUGAAAGCUCUGCUCAGUGCCGAUGCUUUUUUUUCACCAUCAACAAACCGAGAUCUGCCCUAAAUCAUCUUCCUGCUCCUUGUUUGUCUCUACCCUCUUACCUUUUAGGGCUCUUACUCAUGAGCGUUUUUACCUGCGCUCCCCUGCGUUCCGUUUUUCGGCGUUCAGCCGCAGGGGAGCGCAGGAAUAGACGCAUUUCAUUAUUUCAAAUGGGGCUGUACUCACACAGGCGCAUGUAGGCGCCGAACGCAGGUUGAGACGCAACAUGCUGCAUUUUUCCUGCGUUCGGCGCCUACACGCGCCUGUGUGAGUACAGCCCCAUUUGAAAUAAUGAAAUGCGUCUAUUCCUGCGCUCCCCUGCGGCUGAACGCCGAAAAACGGAACGCAGGGGAGCGCAGGUAAAAACGCUCAUGAGUAAGAGCCCUUAGGGUCUGGCCACACGGGCAGAUUCGGGGAGAUUAGUCGCCAGGCGACAAAUCUCCUCUUCUUCGCGGCGGCUAAUCUCCCAAAGUUUCCUCGUGAGGCAAUUACGAGCGACUUCGGGAAAAUUAAUCGCUCCGAGUGCCUGCCUCGAGGCGAUUUUAAUUUUAGCCGGCGGAAGGCAGAUCGGGGAGAUUAGUCGCCGUGAAGAAGAGGAGAUUAACAUAUCCCAGUUAUUAUUGAGCACCAAUUUCAUUAAAAAGCUGAUGCCGUUCAUAAACCCAUGGCUUCUAUUUCUAGUAUGUCCCCAGUUAAUGUCUAUACUACAGCACUUACCACAGCUCCUCUGCACCUUCUUUUAGCCGAGAGUCUGUCCUGCUACCAGUGCAGAGGACUUGGAUAAACCAACUCCCUAAAUAUCUCAAUUCCGCUUCCCAAGCCGGCGUGCUUUCUUGUUGUGCAAUGCUCAUCCACGUGGCAGAUUCUUCUGUAGGUGCAGAUCUCAUUCAGAACACCUUUCGCUAGUUUUCUGUGAAAUGUAGUCAAAAAACAUGUCACAGCACUUUUACAGAAACAAAAAAAAAAUAAUCGAUACCUGUAUAGCAUCUAAAUAUCUUCUUGCUGCCGUGGCGUAGGAUCACAUCCAGGUGUGAGAGGCCACUGGCAGCUCAUAAGCAUUCAAUAAAUUAUGACUUUUGUGAA